UCUCCCUCUGUACAGUUUUCUCUUCCUCCUUGCUUUUUCUCUUCAGCCUCAUCAAAAUGAUGAUGUCGAAGAGGCAAAGCCGUUCAGUUUUAUGGUGGUUUGGAAUAGCUUUUCAGCUUCUGGUGCUACUAUAUUAUUGUUCUGUAAUGGCCGCAGCAAGGUCAACGCCUUCAUCAUUGACACUGAAAAUUACGAAAAAGCAUGUGGUGAUGGACAAUGGCCUAAUCAAAGUCACCUUAAGCAAUCCAACCGGUGCAAUUGCGGGAAUUCAAUACAACGGAAUUGAUAAUGUACUGGAAAGCAGUUUUAGAGAAACAAAUAGGGGGUAUUGGGACAUCGUAUGGAGCAAGCCAGAUAUGCCUAGUAGUCUGUUUAAUAUGCUUCCAGCCACAAAUUUCACAGUAAUUGCGCAAGAUGAAAGCCAAAUUGAGGUUUCCUUCACAUUAACAUUCAACCCCGAUGAUGACACUAGUGUUCCCAUGAACUUUGACAAAAGGUAUGUAAUGCUGCCAGGGUGUUCUGGUUUCUAUUCAUACGCAAUAUACGAUCACCCACAAGGAUGGCCUGACGUUAACAUUGACGAAACAAGGCUUGCAAUCAAGCUAAGUCAGAAUAUGUUCCACUAUAUGGCUAUAUCUGAUGACAUUCAAAGAGUGAUGCCUAGUGCUAAUGAUCGAUCAUCAGGUCAGACUCUUGAGUACAAAGAAGCUGUGUUGUUAACUGACCCUACAAAUCCUAAGCUCAAAGGGCAGGUAGACGACAAAUACCAAUACUCUUUAGAAAGUAAAGAUAUGGAUGUACAUGGAUGGGUUUGCACUAAACCACACAUAGGGUUUUGGGUAAUCACCGGAAGUGAUGAGUUCCGUUCUGGUGGACCUAUAAAGCAAGACCUCACUUCACAUGUUGGUCCGACCUCUUUAUCGACAUUUUUUAGUGGUCAUUAUGCUGGGGAUGAUUUUGGGUUGAGGUUGAGAAAUGGUGAGGCUUGGAAAAAGGUUUUUGGCCCUGUUUUUCUCUAUCUCAACAGAGAUUCAAGUGACAACAGCCCUCGAGCCCUUUGGGAAGAUGCUAAACAACAAAUGUUAGCAGAAACUAAAAGGUGGCCGUACAAUUUUCCCAAGUCAAAAGAUUACGUUGCUGGAAAUUUACGUGGUACCAUUACUGGUCAAUUAAUUAUCCGUGAUAGGUACAUGAAUAAAGAGGUUAUGCCAACAAAAUCUGCACACAUUGGGCUAGCCCCACCUGGAGAAGCUGGAUCAUGGCAACAUGAUGUCAAGGGCUAUCAAUUUUGGACUCAAACAGACAGCGAUGGGCACUUCGAGAUCAAUGCUAUUAGGCCUGGAAACUACAGCUUAUACGCAUGGAUCCCUGGAAUUCUUGGAGAUUACAAGUAUAACGUUAACCUUAACAUCAAACCAGGAGAUAAUAUUAAUGUUGGUGAUCUUGUUUAUAAUCCACCAAGAAACGGUCCAACAUUAUGGGAAAUCGGCAUUCCUGAUAGGAAGGCCGCGGAGUUCUUCAUCCCUGAGCCCGCCCCUGAUCUAAUGAACUAUGCAUUCAACAAUCAAACACAAAACUUUAGACAAUAUGGACUAUGGGAUCGUUACACAGAUUUAUACCCCAAUAAAGAUUUAGUUUACAAGGUUGGCAAAAGUGAUUAUACAAAAGAUUGGUUUUUUGCUCAUGUGAACAGGAGAGUUGGGAAGAAAACAUACGUACCAACAACAUGGAGAAUUUCAUUUCCACUAGAAAACGUUAACCGGACAGGAACUUAUACAUUACGAAUUGCGUUGGCUUCUUCCAGCUAUGCCACCAUUCAAGUUUGGAUAAAUAGUGAAAAUAAUAUACAACCAAGGUUUACAAUAAAUGGACUUGGAAGGGACAAUGCAAUAGCAAGGCAUGGAAUUCAUGGGCUAUAUUCAGAGCACAGCUUUGAUAUUCCAGGAUCCCAAUUAGUGAAAGGAGAAAACACAAUAUAUUUAAGGCAGCCAAGAGGUGGAAAUCCCUUCUUUGGGGUUAUGUAUGACUACAUCCGUUUAGAAGGCCCAAAUAAUUGACUUGGAAAA